AUGAUUGGGAUGCGGAAGCUUACGCGGGCGGAGCGGGAAGCGACGGAGGCGGAGGAGCGGAAACAGCGCGAGGAGAUCGCGCAAAUGGUGGACGCGCAGCGGAAGGCGCGGGAGCAGGCGGAGGGGACGAGUACGAAUAACUGGGAGGUUGUCGGGAAAAAGCCUGCAACUGUCGGAAAAGCGGUCGAGGUACCAUCAAUAACGAGACGGGCUGUAACGAAUAAAGAGAACUGCCCCUACAAAGGAAGCCGGUCCCAGAGCGUAGUGAGCGCUAAAUCGCUUACAGGGCAGACAAAAAGUUUGGGGCAGCCCAUUAGCAGCGCGCGCAGGGCGGAAGCGCCCAUGCGGUCUGCGCAAGCGGGCGUGUUGGGGAAGGGGCAGGUGCGGAGUGGGUUGCCCGCGAGUUGUGAUGAUAAGGGUUUUGAGGCGCCUGAAAAGUCGGCCGCGGCUUUCGAGAAUAAAGGCAGCAGCAGCAGCAGCAGCAGCAGCGGCAGCAGCAGCAGCGUGUGGAAUAAGGGGAGCACUAGCGGAUCCACUACCGGCGGCGGCAGCAGCAGCAGCGUCGGCGGCGGCGGCGGCGGUGGCGGCGCGCGGAAUAAGGGAACCAUUUUAUGCCCAGCGCCCCCGCCGCGCUCUUCUAACGAGUACACUCCUUCCCCGAUACAAGCCUCUCCGCCCACUCGAGAUAAUCGCACGUUCUCCCAGGUGGCAAAGAGCAGCAGCAGGAGAAGCAGCGGGGAGCACGACAAGCAGGGUGGCGCUAAGACGGAGGCCAAGGAAGCCGGACCCUCCAUUGUCAGGUUAGGGACGGCGUGCCUAUGGUCGUACCCUGCCAUUGCUCCCUUGCUUCAUCCCGCCCCUGCUGCUGCUGCUGCCCCUGAUGCUGCUGCCCCUGCCGCUGCUGCUGCUGCAACGUCAGUGUCGCCACCACGAUUAGCCUGCGACCCCUUGCCCUCCACCUCUUCCUUCCCAUCUUCCUCCUUCACCACUCCUAUCAAGCAACAGCAGCAACAGCAGCAGCAGCAGCGGGGGGGGCAGGAGGCAGUAGCGUGUGGCAGGGAGUGGCAGAUGUGGGGCUCCUCCCUCCGCCUCUCAGACGCGUUCGCCGUCACACCUCCUACAUUUGCUGUUGCCUCCUCCGCUGCUCUUCCCUCCUCCUCCCCUCUUCCCGCCUCCGCUCUUUCCUCAAACCCUGUUCCUUCCUCUCCUGCUGCUUCCCUCACCAACACCACCACCACCCCUCAUUCCUACCUCGCCAAUCCCUUCGCACUCCCCUUCUCCUCGCCCUUCUCACUGGGGUUUUCACCCACUCUCGUGCCCGCCACACCCGUCGACCCAGCGCCACUGACAAAUAGCCCACUCAAUCUGAGCACCCCUGCUGCUCCUCUGCCCGGUACUGCUGUCGGGACAGUAGAGAGGAGCGGUUUCACCGGAUCAAAGAACAAUUUUAACGCAGCGAGGCAUGCUUUCCCUGGGUCCUGGAGUGCUGGGGGCCAAGAUUUGACUGGGUUCGGCGAUGCGCUAAAGAGUAACGCGUUUAGAGCAGCAAUCGGUGGCGGCAGAGGAGGGGUGGGCGGCGGGGCGAGCGGCGGAGGGAUGCGGGCGGCUUGGAUGGCGGAGAUGUGGGACGAGGACGUGCCGCCCGCUUUCGUGGACUGUAUCACGCAGGAGAUCAUGCGCGACCCGGUGAUCACAGCCGAUGGGCACUCUUAUGAACGGGCUGCCAUCGAGAAAUGGCUCAUGCACCAUGACACGAGCCCCAUGACAGGCAAAGUGCUGCCUCCCUUACAUGCUACAGCUGCCACAGCUGCUACGUCUGCUGCUGCACCUACGGCUCUUGCGACAGCUGCAACUGCUGAACCCUUUCAGGGGGACUGUUUCACCUCAUGCCUUGCCGGCUGCAGCUGCAAACACAGGGGCCAGUGCAUGGGCCAAGGCCAGUGCAGUGCGGUUGGGAGCGGUGGUGAGGGGUGCAGUGAGCAUUGCAUGGUGGACAAGACGCUGCGACCGAACCACAUCCUGCGCGGGCAGAUCAUCGAGUUUCAAGAAUUGAUGGCGCUGCAGGCAAGGGAGCGCACAGCAGCAGCACCCCCCACACGCGCUGCAGCUGCAUUCACCACCUAG